AUGAAGUGUGGCGAUGGCAAGGAUGGUGGAUGGUGGAUGGUGGAUGGCGUUGAUGCCAGCGACGAGGCAGCGGGCCAAAGGGAAGAUGAAGUGGAGCCGUUCCUGGCCGGACCUUUGACCCUGCAUUCCCGUUCCCGUUCCCAGGCAGCAGCAACCAAGAUAGCGAACCUGUCGACCGGACUUUCGGCCAGUCCCGCCGCGGGACUGGGAUUCUUGGGCAUCCUGCAGUGGCAGCCGCCUGGUAAGGCGCCCAAGUUGCUGAGCUACUCGUCCGGGGCCCGAUCCUCCAGCCAGCCGUAUGCGAUGCCCGCCUCCAACAAUAAUUGCUGCAGCAGCAGCAACGGCAACGGCGGCAACAGGAACAGUGGUUGCUGCCAGGAAUGUCGUUGUUGCAAGCAGGGAUAUGAACAUUUGCCGGUGCCGCGUUUGCGUCAUCAACAGCCGCCUCCUCCGCUCUACCAAAUUCCCCAGCAGCAGCAUCAACAGCAACAUCAGCAGCUGCAACAUCAACAUGAACAAGAGCAACAUCAUCAACAGCAGCAACAUCAGCAAAUUAGAUGCAUCACCACUCUACAGCAGACUACUACAACGCAGCAGUUGCAACAGUUACCAUCUGCAACAUCCUCUUUUUCGAACUAUUCGUAUGGCAACUGCCUUAUGCCACCAACUACUGCAACAUCCAGUACCUACAUGAGCAAUCUUGGACCAGAACAACAUUGCCAUUCCCAUUGUAACAAUAUACACGACAGCAACAUGCAACACUGCGGCAGCAACAUGUCACCGGCAAUCUACAACAACUCCCCUGCUCAACCGAUGAUAUUUGUGCCUCUAAUGCUGCCCAUGCAACAGCAAAAUCAGCAGCAACAGCAACACUUUCAGUUGCAACCUCCGCUGCCGCCCAUUGAGGAUUGCAAGCCAAUGUGGCAGGCUAAGAGCGUUCCACCUCCACCACAACCGCCGCCCCUGCUCACCCACUUUCAGCAGUUGUUGCAGCCACCGCCGCUGCCACCGCCAACGCCAAUGCCUCAACCGGAAGUUGCCUGCCCCCUGCCCAGCAGAGCCCCUGCCACGCCCCCGCUACCACCGACCUACAGCGUUCAAAGCCUCAAGUCCGCAGCUGCGUCGGCUGUCAGCGUUUAUCAGCGGAAUGGCAAAUUGCCCAGGUGCCUGCCCGCUCUGCGUGCCAUGGAAAUGGCGCUGCGUACCAACUCCUUUGUCACGCCCCCCCGCCCAAUAGCUGGGGCCGAAGGAAGCGCACUGGACACGGAGGACAGCGACGAGGAAAUGGAGUACAUGCCGCCAUUGCACACUAGAGAUUCUGCCAACCUGGCCUACAUGAAGACAACAGGGAACGACAAAUUCCUGGGAUAA